GUGAUAGAGGGACUCAGGAAGGAACUAGUUUUAUACCUACUCUGGUACCAUCUGAAUACUUAUAAACAGAUGUCGUAUUCUCAAAUAAUUAAAUCAAAUUAGAACCAUGGGAAACCUGCAGGUAUAACCGCUUCAGUGAACCACCUUUUGUAUUAAAAAGAACACAGACUUGAAUAGCUCUGGGAUUCUUUUCUAGAAAACACAUUCUAUAAAUUACUAACACGUGUGAGUUUCUUUAAAAGUGCAAAAAUAAAAGCUGAAAAAGUGUUUGAAGCAGACUGUCACCAACUAUGGAUGAAAAUGCAAGCCUUAUAUCGGGGAGAAACAAAGAUUCUAGUCAAUCUGCGAAUGGACCAGGAUGUAAAGUGAAAGUAGCCGAGGGUGCCGUUCUCUUGACAAUAACAUUGGAAAGAAUAGCUUUCUAUAGCUUAGCAGGAAAUCUUGUGUUGUUUUUAAACACAAACCCAUAUGAUUGGACAUCUUACAACGCUAUGUAUGCUUUAUUAUAUUUUUUUGGAAUCUCGUAUUUGAUGUCAUUUUUUGGAGGUUUAAUUGCAGACACUCUGUUGGGCAGAUUCAAAAGUCUGCUAUUGUCCUUGCUCCUGUACGUGGUUGGUUAUCUUUUACUGUCGUUAUCACAAAUGAAACUUUCUAAACCAGAUCGGUAUUUACUUUGUAAUCCUCCGGAGCCUUAUUAUAACAUGUAUAAUAUAACACAUGGAUUAAUGGACAUUCAAAACCACCAGAAGUCACCAUUUGAUGAAAGUUGUUCUGGCUUGAUGUUUGGAAUAUUGACUCUAAUUGCUAUUGGAAGUGGCCCUUUCAGAUCAAAUAUUGCUCCUUUUGGAGCUGAUCAGGUUAAAGGUGAAAGUCAGCAAGCUAAUUUGACCUUUUUCAAUUGGUAUUAUUGGUGUGUUAAUGUUGGAACACUAGUGGCAUUGUUAGUUAUUACAUACGUACAGCAACACGACAGUUUUUAUGAUGGAUACUUGUCAGCAUUGAUUUGUCUGGGUGUGGCAGCUGUUGUAUUCCUUUGUGGUUCCUGUAGUUAUGUGUACAGACCAAGAACAGGCAGUGUGUUUAAGAAUAUAUUCACAGUCUUAUGUGAAGCAUGUACCAAAUGUUGCUGGAGACGGAAACCUAACUCAAGUUUAGGUGACGAUGCCAUUGAGCAGCCUUCAUCAUGUUUGGACUUUGCUAUGUAUCGAUAUGGAGGAAACUUUCAGGAGGGAACUGUAAAUGAGGUUAAAAAGGUCCUCAAAAUUAUAUGUGUGUUCCUCACCAUGGUUCCAUACUGGAUGGUUUACUUUCAGAUGGAGACAACUUUCCUGCUACAAGGACUUCAUAUGAAUUUGAACUUACCAGUAGAAAGUGCCAAUGUAACAGUUGACUGUAACCCCCAGAAUUCCACAGGAAAUGAUGACCCAGAUCACAUCACUAGCAAACCUCCAAAGCUUGUUGCAGCAUGGCUAUCAAUAUUUGACGUUAUAUUUGUCAUUAUUCUCAUACCAGUGUUUGAUCGUUUUAUUUAUCCACGGCUAGCCAAGGCUGGACGUCCAAUGGGAUUUGUGUUACGUGUAAGUCUCGGGAUGAUGAUUGCUGCCAGUGCAGUUUGUGUGGCUGGAGUGGUUGAACAUUAUCGUCUGAAGUCAGUUUAUCAAAAUGAUAGUCUCCCUUGCUGUAGAUAUACAACUCAACAGAAAAUAGGACGUACUGUAUAUAAUGCAGCAGAGAUGUCAGUCUUGUGGCAGAUACCACAGUAUGCACUGAUUGGACUCAGUGAAGUAUUUGCCUCAAUUGCAGCUUUAGAAUUUGCCUACCUGAUGGCGCCCAAGUCUGCUAAAGGUAUCAUUAUGGGAUUGUUUUAUUUGUUCACCGGAGUUGGAAGCUUCAUCGGAUUUGCAUCUAUGGCCAUCUUUCAGGGAUAUUGGUUUGGACCAUAUGAUAGUGGAAAUAUAAACUGUCGUCUGCCGUGUACAGAAAAUGGCGGGAAGUUUGACAUUAAACUCAAAUGCCAUUUAGACAAUUAUUUCUUUUUCCUAGCAGGAAUUGAAGUAGUAGGGCUACUGCUGUUUUUGUUUGUUGUAAAAAUUUGCCGUAUUCAAAAUGAAAUUUCUGCAGUUGUUCGUCAGAAAUCUCAAUCACAGAUCAUAUCGAGAAGAUCAGUAACUGAAAGACUGAAAUCACCUGUUUCUUUGCAAAGGCAGUCAAGUUCAGACAUCAGUGUCACAUGAAAAGACCAAAUACUCCAUUGAUUUUUAAAAAAAAUCUAAAGAUGAAUACAUAGCAAGAGAAAUAAAAUUUACUUUUGUGUAGUGAAAUUCUGAAAUGAAAUGAAACAUUCUAUUUGAGAAGAAUAAUGUACAAGUGUUUUGAUUUUUGUCAUGGAUGGGUACCCAAUAUCCAGUCCUUUGUUUUCUAUUACCAGGAUAACAGUAAAGAAAAAAUAAAUGUUCUAGAAUUAUCAUUGUCACUUGUAUUCUGAUUGUUGAUAUUUUAAAGUUAUUUUACAUAUAUUCUUAAAUGAACAAUACUUUCUCUAGUCAUUGGUACUGUACAUGUGAGUAUUCUAUUGCUAAGGUGGCUGUUUCACACUAACGAAUGAGAAUAUCAUAAAAAAAUAGACUGCUACCUAUGAUAGGAUGUGAGUUGUUGGUAAAAGUUGUGUUCUUUUCCGCAUACAUCUUCAGGGUUGUUCCAAAAUUUAUGUAGAAGGAAUGGUAUUAACUUGUAUAAAUUUUUAAAUUUAAAAGUAUGAUUGCAUUUUCCUUAGAACUAUUUUAUGGAUGGUCAGGACUUAAAACAGCUUCUGUCUUUACCCAUGCUUUUAAUUUUGGAAUAGCCCUAAGAUGUAAGACUCCAAAGACAUAUAUUUUAUAAUUUCAGCAGUAUAGCAUAUAUUUAUGUAUUACAUUAUGUUUAUAUACUUUCCCAUGCAAAUAUUUCACUAGCAAUUGUCUCUUUUAAUACAUGUAAGAGAGGAUUUUUUUAGUGAUCUCAAAGUUUGUUUACAUGGUCAUGAUAGUCAACAUAUCUUCUAAAAACUGAAUGGAUUAUAAUAAAACUUUGUAGAAUCUCCUUAGAGCUUAUUGAUAUUGUAUAAAUAACACAUAUAUAAGAGGGUAACAAUCUACUCUAUCAUGAUUUGUGUUAUUUAAUUUAUUUUACUGAAUGUUCUAUUAUUACUGUGUAUAAAAAAUUGAUGAUGAUUUUGGAGGGAUGAACAGAUGUUGUGUUCUAUAGACAGCUAAAUACUGUAUUGAAAACAACUUGGACAAUUGCUGGCGGACUAGUGGUCCAAGCUUUCCAGCUACUAUAUGACUACUGUAUCAACACUGCAUGACUGAGAUUGUGAGUUCCAACCCCACUCAUGGCAGAUACAUUUGACUCAUGUAUUUAUUGACUUAGAUUGUCAUUAUUUAUUCUGAAGAGUGCUGGAUCUCACAAUGCACUCCCCCUUUUUCCACUAAUAAAACUGGCCACCAUUAAAAAGCUUAUAGUGCUGUAAGUGGUGUUAAACACCAACAAUGAAUUAAUCAAUCUAAGCAACGUGAUGUACUAUGGAUUCAUUUAUUUUCGUGGAUAUCAAUUUUCGUUGAUUGCUGAAAACCUGCAUAUUCGUGGACAUUUGAUUUCGUGGUUUUGUCCGUCUCUGUAUGCAAAGCCUAUUGAAAAUAUGUUUUUCGUUGAACAUUUGAAUUCGUGGUUCACUGGUACCCACGAAAUCCACGAGAAUUGGUAUCCAACGAAUAAUAAUGAAUCCACAGUAUAUAAUAAUUGGUGUGAAUAAUUUCAUAUGUUAAUCUCUUAAGAAUAUUGUUGUUGUUAGGUUGAUGUUUCAUUCAUAAUUUCCUCAUAUCUCCUGUCAAUCUGCCAUUUGCUUUUUUAAAUGUAUGCACCUAUUUAGUUAUUGUACAUUUAUAGUGAGGUCACACCAAACAAAAUUGUUGUUCCUAGAAUAGAUAUCUGCCCCAAAAAAAGGUGAAAGUUAUUGUUUUUUUUAAUUUUUUUACCAAAAUAAAAAAAUAUACAGAGCAUUAAUCAGACUUGCUUUAAUCAGACUUGCUAGGAGAAUGCAUUCGAAAAAAAUUUGGUGUGGCCUUUAAAAGAUUGUUAAGAUAUGGUGCUAUCUAAUAUUGAGCUGUGGAGAGCAUUUCUUGCAUAAUUGUAUGUUUUAUACCAUGUUAAUCUUGUAAAGAUUAUUUUUGUAAUUGUUAAAACGUGAUAGACUUAAUGUUUUGUUAUAAUCAAACUUCUAAAUGUUUCCUAAUAAAAUUUUAAAAUAUUUUA